GCUUAGUUUUCUCAUUAUUGUUGCCCAUUGUGGUGAUAUUUCAGGAAAAUGACAGAUAACAACCCUGAUUACAAAAGUGCUGCAAGCAUUCACGAAUUUACGGUAAAAAACAUUAAAGGUGAAGAUGUCAAAUUAGACGUCUACAAAGGUCAUGUUUGUAUUAUUGUAAAUGUUGCAUCUCAGUGUGGAUUAACAGAAAAUAAUUACAAACAACUCAAUGAAUUAUUCGAUCACUACGGUGAAAGCCGAGGUUUAAGGAUUUUAGCAUUCCCAUGCAAUCAGUUUGCUGGAGAAGAACCUGGUAAUUCAGAAGACAUUGCUUGUUUUGCUUCGGAACGUAAAGUGAAAUUUGACUUAUUUGAGAAAAUUGAUGUGAAUGGUGAUUCAGCUCAUCCAUUGUGGAAGUUUUUAAAGAAUAAGCAAGGUGGAACACUGGGUUCGUUCAUUAAGUGGAACUUUACAAAGUUCAUCAUAGACAAAGAUGGAGUGCCCGUGGAAAGACAUGGACCAAAUAUAGAUCCUACAAACUUGGUCCAACACCUUGAAAAAUAUUGGUAAAUUAUACCCAAAAAAAUAAACAUUUAUUUGAG